GUGCGGUUGUAACACUGCAGACGCUCCCUAAGUGAUGGAGCAGCCACAUGAGUCUCACCACAGCUUUGUAUUUUGUUUUAAGUAGAUUAUUAUUAUUAUUAUUUUACUGCCUUCAUAUUAUUCAUAAACUGUAAAACCGUUGCGUAACGGAGUGACUGUCCGACAUGAGAUUAGCUGGGGUUAAACGAACAGGGGUUAAUUUAAGAGAGCUAACCAGUUGGCUAGCUAGUUAGCAGAUACGCUGCUGUAUCUGUAUGGACUGCCUUCGUUUUGCUUCGUUUUCUAUUACAACCGGUCGAAACGUGUUGACAUGGCUCUCAGGGAGCAAGUGUUCAAGUCGAAACUCUUGCAGAAGCUUUAUCCACCUGCUCCAACACCACAGAAAGAACCAAGCCCACCUCACAUCACAGAGGCAUUAGCCAAAAAGACCUGUGUCAGAAGAAAGGUCCCUCAAGAUGCCACAGCUGCAGGAGGUGCACAGAUCGCAGCUGUUCCCCGUGGACGAAUAUACACGGUCCUACCUCCUCCUGCUGAUUACAAAAAACAUUUGGAAAAUUCAGUCACACUCCCUCAACUAGAAAGCAUAAAUAGUGCCAACAACCCAGCUGAAGAGAACGCGCUUGAAAGUAAUGAAAAACUGGGACAAGACAAAGAGCCUGAAGAAAAGAAAAGGAAAAAGAGGAAAAGGAAAGAGAAAGCAGCUCCUCAACAACAAGCCUCAAAGACAGAUGACGCAUCUGGAGGCGGCGGGUCGGGUGCCACUCAGAGUGAAACCGCGGCUGUGGUUGACGGAGGAGAACAUAUUAGCAGGAACAAGAAGAGAAAGCUGAAGAAGAAACGUCACAAGGAGAAGCUGCGCUCCAUGGGUGUGAUGCCCAAAGCUGCCGCCCUGGUGUUCACUUACCAAAAAGACGGAGCGCAAGAAGAUGAGAGAGCUGCUGAGGUGACGGACUUUCUCAGAGGAACACUGAAAGUCUACAUGUCAGACAGUGAGUACUGGGCAGAGGCCGACUCCUUACAUGUGUUACUGCCACAGUCCACAAAUGUUUUUCUGUUUGUUGAGAAGUUUGAAAUGAAACGCUCUGCCUCUUCUUCUUGUCUGCCUGUUUCAGAUGAAUCGGCUGCAGUCGUUUCCCUGUUCCAGUACUGGAUCACAGAUAUUCUGCCGAUGCAGGAAGACGGGUAGACAGGACGUUCCAUCACGUACGUACUACAGUACGAGACUGACAAAGUGGGACAAUCCAGAGGAGUUGGCUCUGUAUAAACCACUGCAAGAAUGAUGGACUCGAUAUAAAACAUCAUUUACAUG